AUGGGCCUGGACACUGUUGGGGAGUUAAAGGCUGCUUUCCUCAAUGUGGCUGUCGCCAUCUGGUGGCGCCUGCAAGGUAGGACAGCUUUUGAAAGUGACAUGGAAAUUGAGGAGACAGCCCACUCAGGGAGGGACCAAGACUUUAGAUCGCAGAGCGUCAAUCCAGGCCUUCCAGCCCGGGGCAGGGACAGAUUUCAGGGCGCUUGGAUGGAGGAAGAACGCCUGGCUCCUUCCAGCCUCUCGCCGACAUUGAGCGUUUCCUGGAAACGGCAGGCCUGGGGAGCUUUGGGCCCCAACGAUGGCAGCAUUCAAGGAAAGCUUGACUUUGAAAUCCGGAUGCAAAAGGGAAUAUGCAAACUCCUUUCCCUGAGUACUCAAAAAGAUCAGCUCUUACAUGCAGUUAAAAAUCUGAUGGUCUGCAAUGCUCGGAUAAUGGCUUAUACAGAAGAACUGGAGAAACUGAGAGAGCGGAUUGGACCUGAAAAACGAUGUGUGGAUUCUGAAAAAGAACGGACUGCUUGUAAAGGAAAAGUUGCAUUAUCAGAUAUUCGAAUACCAUUAAUGUGGAAAGACUCUGAUCAUUUCAGUAAUAAAGAAGGAUCACAGCGCUAUGCUAUUUUUUGUUUGUUCAAGAUGGGAACUGAAAUUUUUGAUACCAACAUGAUGAUUGUCAAUAAAACAAUCACUGACUUAUGUUUUGAAAAUGUAACUAUAUUUAAUGAAGCGGGGCCAGACUUCCAGAUAAAGGUAGAGGUCUAUAGUUGCUGUGUUGAGGAAGCAUCUCUAGCAAAUGCACCAAGAACACUUGCCAAGAGACUGAGAAGGUCUCUCAGUAAAACUACAGCAAAAAAAGUCAGUUGUAUGCUGCAAGAUGACCUUGAAACUGACUUUUAUUUCAACCCAGCAAAAAUGGGUGUAAAGUACAGUUUGCUAGCCCAUACUACUCUGACCUUGGAAAAUGCCGAUGAAAGCUUCAGGACCCACACUCUUACUAUUACUGGAAAUGAAGAGUCAUCAUUUUGGCUUCCCUUGUAUGGCAACAUGUGCUGCCGAUUAGUUGCUCAGCCAGCUUGCAUGGCUGAAGAUGCAUUCAAAGGAUUUCUUAAUCAGCAGCAAACGGUUGAAGGCCUAAUUAUCUGGACAAGGUUCUAUUCUGUGUUGAGAAGCGGCCAACUCUUCUGCUAUUACAGCCCAGAAGAAAUUGAAGCUAAAAUAGAACCCACUUUGGUAGUGCCUUUUAACAAGGAAACCAGAAUCCGUGCGAUGGAUAAAGAUCCCAAGAAAAAAGCCCAUCGCUUCUUCGUGAUCAACAUUAUAGAUGAUAAGGCCAUCACAGAGACAUUUGCAGCAGAUAGUCUGGAAGAGCUUCAGGAGUGGAUGGACGCCUUCAGGCAGCAUAUUUUUGACCUCAGCCAAUGGAAGCAUUGUUGUGAAGAACUUAUGAAAAUUGAGAUUAUGUCACCACGGAAACCACCUUUGUUCUUGACAAAAGAGGCGACCUCAGUCUACCAUGAUAUGAGCAUUGAUUCCCCAGUGAAACUUGAGAGUUUAACUGACAUCAUAAAGAAGAAAAUUGAAGAUACUCAUGGGCAGUUCCUCAUUGAAAAAGACUCAUCUUCCCGAUGGGGGGCGUUCUUUGACGGGACUCAUCAAAUAGUCUUGCAAAAAAAGGUUGUGUUGUCUCCAGUAAAAGACCCUUUAAAUACUAAUGAUGGGAAAGGGAAAAAAAGGCGAGCACCUCUGCCUCCUUCCGAUAAGCCACCAUGUAGCAUGAAAGGACCGGCGACAUCGGACCAAUUGGACAAGGAGAACUGGGAAAAGGACUUUGACUCUCGGGCCUCCUCUUUGGAUCCAUCCCUCAUAUAAGCUACAAGUGCGCCUUGUUGCUGCUUCCCAGUAGAGAUGAUAAUUUAGGGUGAUGAGAUCUCAGCCUCUUGAGGUACAAUGUAGAGGCCAAACUGGGGCCAGGGCCAGGACAGAAAUCUACCAAAGACAUUCUUCAAGAAUAAUUCCGGGUUCUUCAAGAUUGUCUUUGAAUUGUUGCAAUCCCAAAUGUAACUCUUAAUGAAUACAUGGCUUAGCCAAAGCCGGUGUUGGUUCCUAUUUGUCAUUGGGACUUGUUCCUUCAGAGUCAUUGAGAUGUGUUGCUACUUAAUGACUGUGGUAAUUAUUCAUAUUGCAAUAGAUAGUGAUUUGCAUCAAUGGUUUAUAAUAGUGUAACUAAAUAUUAUAGUUAGGGAAGAAAAUAGGGGUUUUUUUAAAAUUUUUUUUGUUUUUUGUAGUUUUUUUUUUUUUUUUUGGGGGGGGGGACCAUUUUCCAUGCUUAACUGUCUCCAUUCAGUUUCCAUAAUAGAAUGAAUGAGUCAGAUUCUAAAUGUAGUCUUACAGUCUGGAAGAGUUAACUUGCUCCCACCUCAACACCAGGGUAUAAACUUUGCCCCCAGGGAAAACAGAGUGAAAAAAUUGAGGGUUGUUGGGGAGAGAAUUCCUAGUUAUGUUAUUAAAUAUGUGUCAUAUAUUCAUCCUGUGAAUUUUAAUGGGAAUCAAAGUUUGUUUUAAUUCAUAUUUCAAAAGUUUUAUUCAAACCACAAAUUGCCGAAUCCACCCAAGAAAGUUUCUUUAAUAUUCUGGAAUUUUCAUCUGACAUUUCACUGGCUCCAAUUCAGUAUUAGUCACCAGUUUAUAGACUUGACCUUUUAAAUUCUUGGGAUAAAUUCUGGAAUCAGAUUGAAUUCUUCAUCUUUAAAAGGAAUUUUUAAUGCACUAUUUAAAAUUGUUUCCUUGAUGAGACCCGUAGCUAUGUUUUACCAUUAAUCCCUGAAAGUCAAAUACAUCCAAUUUUGGCCUAUAGAAAUGAUACACGACAACAUGUUCUAUGCAUUAUUGAACAAGAAAUACGCUUUCUAUCCAGUGCUAAUUUCCUAUUGUGUAACAUUGGAUUUUCAAACUUUGGUUUGUAAUUGAGUGCUUGGCCAACAUUUUAACAUUUAAUUAGUAGCUGUGUUCAAAGGAGAUGGCAGAUUAGGAAUUCUCAGAAAAGUUGAGUAUGGUAUUAAUUUUCCAUAUUAAACACAAAUAAAUAGCAUUCAUAUUAAAUCUGAUCUUUCUUUCUUAGUUAAAGGUUUAUAAUCUGUUGUCUCUGUUAUCUACCUAAAGUCAGAUUCUUACAACAGUGACAUAAUUUCCAUAGGUGGUAAUUUCCAUAGCAACUAAUCAUGGUGACAGAAAUGGGAUUAUGAAUUCAAGGAGAAGAAUAAACAGCAGGAACAGAUGAACACCUUAAAAGGAACAAAAAAUCCUUUUCUUGUUAUAAUGUUUCUUGUAAGCUAGAACAGAGGAUUGGUUCUUAAAAAUAUCUAAUCCAAAUUUCCAGACAAAGCAUUUUCCAUAAGGUGUCAGUAGCAACACUAACCAUCUCAAAUCCUGCUGAAUUCUAAAUGUUGUUGGAAGAAGGAAAUAAAAAUACAAGGAUUAAAUUACUGCCCUGUUCUCUAAUCUCUGGGGAUCUUUUUAAAGCUAUUAAAAGCUCCAAAUCUUGGAUCAGGACUGCAUUAUUACAAUGUAGAAUAAGUACUUGGCCAAAAGGGUCUCUGUUAAUUUAAUUGGAGCCUUUAUUUUUUUUUCCCGAUAAUAUCUAUUGCCACAUAUGUAAUAUUUAUGUCUGGAAUGUGUGUGCUUAUAUAUGUACAUAUAUGUAUGUAGAUGUCUAAUUUGUGUAUAGGUGAACACGUAGAGUGAUGCCAUUUUGUUGGUAGCAGGACAUGUACUAUAUGUGUGUGUGUGUGUGUGUGUGUGUGUGUGGUCAAGAUGUAUACAAAGAAUGAGGGAGAAUUUCCCAAUCCCUGGAAGAACAAGGAGAGACAAGAUCCUUAGCGUGCAGGCAAAUCUGAAUGGCUAGCUAGGGUAAUUUAUGGAAGAUUCUGCUUGUGAAAUCCUAGAAAUAAAACUAACUUCCUUUCUCUAGUGAAAGAAGUUUAUAUUAGUUGCAGUUUUGAUUGCCCUUUUAACAGAUGACAUUGAAAGUCAAAAAGGAAAAUACUGGUAUUAAAAUGUAAAAUAAUUCAUGUAAAAUAAUUCUUUUUUUUUUUAAAUAGGACUGUUUUAGAUAGUAUUUUGUGUCAUCUGUUUCUACUUAAUUGUAUAUCUAGACUACGCCAGAGGCAAAAUGGCUUGUGUCACUGGAAUGGGCCAUUCUCUCUUUCAUAGUUGGAAUCACUUUAUGUCUAACCUCUCUUGAAACUUUUGAAUUCCAUCCUUCUCAUUUCUCAUGUAAAUUACAGCAGGGAGAGAUUUUAGUUUGAUGUGAGUUAAAAGUUCCUGGCUACAAAAAUAAUUUACACACCAGUCGUACCUCUCCUCAGUGGACGACUUUGAAGGUCUCAGAGUUGGAUAUCUGUUUCUAUGCCAUUGGACAUGGAUGAAUUGGAGCCCUUUAACAGUCCUCCUAAUGACCUCUUGUUUACUGAUGGACUGAGACCAAGAAUAACAGGUUCUCUUUAUUUUAGAAUUUUUAUUUUAUUUUUUCAGCUAAUAAGUAUCUUUUCUCUGCCUCUCACUGUCCCCUUUCAUGAAAGAGAAAAAAAGAAAAGGCUUUUUAACAAAUAUGCAAUCAAGUGAAGCAUGUUCAUAUUCAACAAUGACUAUCUAAUUGUACAUCUUGGAUCAUAACUUCUUUUGUAAAUAAAAGGAAUAGUAAUAAUUCUCAUUUGUAUAGCACUUUAAGGUGUGCAGAGUGAUCAUAGACAGAUUAUGUGAAUAGAUCCUAAAUGGGCAAGUGUAGAUGGAAUAUAAAUAGUAUACAAAGGAAAAUUUAUAUUGAUAAUUUAAUAGAAAUGUAUACAAACUGAAUAAUCAUUAAGCAGAAUACCCAACAUGAGAUGCAAUAAAGACUUAGCCUAGAGUAAUCUGAAACUACUUCUGAAUCCCAAGUAAAUUGUCUGCCCUUUAAGUUUCACUGACUCUGAGGUAUCUCCAGUACACAUUUGUGCACUGAAGGAAAUAACUUAUUAUUGUUACCAUAAUGUCUGGAAAGAGUUAAAUUGCCCCCAAAAAGACAAAACCAGGCAGUUUCCUCUCUUGCUCUUGGUGAGAUCUGGGCCCUAUUUGCUUACAGUUUAUUAGAUUAAGUAACAUGAGAGCCUGGAGUAUAGUAAAAAGUAUUUUAAGUUGUACAUUUUUCCAUUAUGCUCUGGUGUAGACAACUACAUAAUUACCAUUAGGAUAUCUAUGUUAGUUUAAAAAAAAAUCUAGGAUAAAUUAAUGAAACUUCUUUCCAAAGCUGUUGUAAUAGAACAGGGACUUCACUGUCUCAUAGCUAUACCGUGGCCUAAUAAAUGUCAUCACUCUAGAUGUUAAAGUGAAAAGAUAUCUCCAUAAAGUAAUAUGCUUCCUAGAAACAACUUCUAAGGAAAUAUGCCUCUAAACAGAUUAUAUGUAAUAUACAUAACAUAUAAAUAGUACAAAAACAUAGAAAAUGCUAGAAUAGGACUACAUUAAUGGCUCCCCCAAAUCUUCCUAUUUUAAGAAUAGUUUAUUUGUCAAUUGAUAGUUUUGGUCAGUCAACUAAAGCAUUUCCUAACCCAAAGUAAUUUUUCUAUUUUAAUCCUAAAUAUUUUUUUAUCUCCAAGAUUUUAAAUUUACCAAUGGUAUAGACUAGAAAGAUGCUAUUUUUUCCCCUAGACAAACACAAUGAAUUGAAUGUUUUCUGGAAUAGGAUUUGUCUUCCCUUUGUCUCUCACAUACAUACCCCUUGAAAGACAUUGUUGUUAUGCAAAAAGCUUCCAUCCCUCUCUCUAUUCUCUUCAUAAAGAUUUUUUUUUGAAGGGACUGAGUUAAAUCCAUGAUGAAGUUCAUCAAGGACCUGUUCAUUUUAUCUCAUUUCCAAUAAAUAUUAGCAGUUUAUGACACAGAAUAAUGUAUGCUGAGUUGUAAAAAAAAAAAAAAAAUGAAAAAAUGAAAAAAAAAGCUGGCUCAGCUUUAAUGGGCUGUCCUUUCAAAUUCCUUGUUUGCUCUUUUAAAUUGUCUCUUUGUGUAGACAGACGUAAACUUGAAACAAAGCCUUUUUUGACUGGAAACUUAAACCCGGCCUUGUUAAUGAUAACCUAAUUGGUGGAACUCCAGAGAGCUAAGAGAUAUAUGGCAAUUCUGUGAUGAUAUUCUGAUGCUCUGAAAUGACUGGUUGCAAAUUUGCUUUUUAUAUCCUGCUAUGUGAAUUCCCUAUAAUAAGCAUUAGUGUAUUUUUAAGCAUCGACAGUCACAGUGUGGUUAAAUACAAAAAUAAUAGAAUCACAGAGUGGGGACAGAGAUGUAAAUCUAGAAGGCAUUUGGUUAGCAUAUAAUUUACACCUCCUAAGGUAAACAGCUUUGCAGAAAAUAUCAGACAGGCCAAUUCUCCGGUGAGUUUUGCAAAAUCCAUUUUAACUUUCUCAAGUACCCCCCUGACCUGGGAGAGCGCCUUUUUUAAGUGGAUUCAAAUGUAUGUGGAAAGUGAAAUCCAUUUAUAAAUGCCUUAUCUUUGCCCUUUAGGGUUCUAUUAAAUGUAUUUUACCUGGUACUAUUAAAAAUGGAAAUUGUGAUGAUUUAGAGACAACCCAUGUAAGGUCACUUAGACAUGUUUGUAUUGUAUAAGCAGUCAAGUAUUUCUUCAGGCAUGGAUUCAAGCACCUCAGCCACCUGCUGAGAAGUUAAUUAGUUCAGCCCCAAAUGGAAUUAUAGGGCAGUGUGGCACAAUUUAUGUGAAAUGGCAUUUUAGAAAGCAAUCACCUGUAAUGCGGGGGUUGGAGAGCAGAGGUAGUAGAGAUAGAACUGGCAGAGAAAUGCCAUCGCGCCCAGAAUAUUUUUUUCGAUAUGGUAGGAAUUUAGCAAAACACAAAUUGUAUUUUUAAGAGUGAAAUAUUAAAACACUAAUUAAACUUUAACUGAUGACAGUUUAAUUUCCUGGUACAUCUUAAACGUUCCAUUAGUCUUAAACCGUAAUGUAGAUGGCGAUGUCUUUUUACGCUUACAUUUCAAAGGCAUUGCCGUAGUUAAAUGUUUACAUAUUUACUUUUAAUUGCUUUAUGGGUACUAAUCAUAAGCAAAGGUUUGUUCUGGAUGGUCUAACUUUGCAGUUAAUACUUUUUAGCCUUAACAACUAGGAAGUACCUACUUUGUUGUUUUUUAUUUAAAAAAAUAAAAAUCUUUUCAACUGACAUGAAA